CCUUUAUGUCAAACCGUCUACGCAUACAGUUUGAUGCAUAUACCACACCGACAGGGUCAUUUCAUUUUGGUACACCAGCAUUACAUUCAUUUCCAAUGAAAAGCUGCGUUUGCCUUGCAGCGUUGCAGAGGCAGUUGCAGUGGAUAUGUUGGAUUUAUCGAACGUAUGCGUCAAACUGUAUAAGUAGACAGCUUGAAGGUGAAUGUUGAACUUUUGUUGCAUACAGAACCAGAUGAUGCUGCAUAAUAUUUCGCGUAAAACAAUGUCUGUGUGAUCGAGUUGUGACUGCUGCCCCUCGAGUCUGCACAGCCCAGGCAGGUUGUCGGAGCAGGUGGGUUUAUUUAUAUAUAUUUACAAUGAUUGAUGCUGUUUGCAGUUAUAUAUUACAAAGUAGUAAUUUGUCUUGUUUAUUUCGUUUUUUAAUCUGUAUUCCUGCAUUUCCUGAUAUGAACUAUCAUUGCUCAGAAAAUAUAAGGAUAUACUGAGCGCCGCCUGUCGGAUACUUGGGAAGUUAUCUGUCCGGUUUGAACAGAGAUAUUCAAGUGCACAGCAUGUCAUUUUUAUUGACCUGACCCGCUUCCCCUGUCAUAGGCUACAGACCGCUCAUAUAGACAACCGUGCCUUAUUAUUCAACGUUUGUUUUCUUCUAUAACCGUUUUCCUUAAGGUUUAUUCAUCAAUUCAUAGCCAGUUAAUGUUAUAUCCACUGUGCGUGAUUUACGAGGAUCCGCACGCUUUUUCUUUCAACUUUGUUUACCAGUGACAUUAACCAUAUUUAAUGCGACAGUAGUAACCUAUGCUGCAGGCCUGAAUGUUCGUGCGGCUACAAUUUUAUGCCAUUUAUUUGUAAAUUCAGUAGGAUGUAAGGGCCAGAUUGGGGACGGGAGAUUAGGAAAGUGCAGGGUAAAUCAGCUGCCUGGCAGUCUGUUCACUGCUUUACACACUCACAAAUAGCGUCUGUGUUUAGGAUGUGCUCACUGGAGGUCACAUAGAAGGGGGUUUUCCUGCUGCUGGACAUUUGCGGUCAGAAUACAAUAUUUGGUCUAUUUGACUCAUUUAUUUUUCAACAAAUGCACUUUCUCUCUCUCUUUCACUCUCUCUCUCCCUCUCUCUCCCACCUUGGGGAUGACUAUGAGUUACCUUUUCCGCGAGCCCGCUACCAUCAACUACCCGUUUGAGAAGGGUCAUGUCUCCUUGUUUCUGUGGUGAACAUGCUCUGCGCCGGUACCCCAACAAAGAGGAGCGUUGUAUCGCCUGCAAGCUGUGUGAGGCUGUCUGCCAUGCCCAGGGUCCAAACUUUGAGUUUGCCACAGAGACCUAUGAGGAGUUUCUGUACAACAAAGAGAAGCUACUGAACAACAAAGAGAAGCUACUGAACAAUGGAGAUCAGUGGAAGUUGGAGAUUGCUGCCAACAUACAGGCAGACUACCUCUAUAGAUAGACCAUCGUACUGGCAAACCAACCUAACUACAUAUACUAUGCAUACCGUAAACACUAAGACAAUCUAAUGUCAAUGAAUAUUACACAAACAAAGCCUUAGAUCAUACUUUUAACAUGGAGAGCCAGUAGGCCUAUUGUCAGAGGGAAAAAAAAACACAAGCGUGAAAGUGCACACACAAAUUGUACAUUAAUCAUUAUUUGAUGACCGUGUAAUACCUCAUGCACAUUUUGUCAUUAACAAAAACUUUUAAGUAUUAUAACUGUAGAUGAAAUUCUAGGUUAUGUAUUUGUAUGAAGAAAAUAAAUGUUUUUUGACGGCC